UUGCGUCAACAUUUACGUUAUGGAAAUAAUAGUGGAACUCACAUAAUACGAUACUACGGUCUGACCCAAGACCCAGUAACAAAGAAUUAUAUGCUGGUCAUGCAAUACGCGAGAAAUGGUGAUUUAACAAAAUAUUUGACGAAUAAUAAUUUCAAUAUUACAUGGGAACGACGUUUGGAAAUUCUCUAUGGUGUUGCCACCG